UGCAUUAGUAAUAAAAAUUAUGGGCUAAUUGAUAGCCAAUCUGGUUGGCCCAUCUAUCCUAAAUCUGUAAGGUAUUAGAUGUUGCAAUAUUGUAUUCUUUGGCUUGCUCUUCGGUGAUAAGAGAUAACUCUUCAGCAUCACUGGAGAAGGUUAAUCAAUCAGCCAUUUUCAAUUCAAAAUUGUUCUCUAUAGAUCUAGUUGCAAGCCACUGGAGGUCAUCUUUGGAUCAGACAAAAUUUGCCAGAGUUAGAGUUUUAAAGCUCGUUUACAAUAAUAUUUCUAUUCAGUUUCGAUACUCUAAAAGUUUGGUGCGGUUAAGUCCGAAGAUGCCACUCAUAUAAAGAAAAUUGCAUAAUCUGUCAGGUAAUCAUUUUGAUAAGUAGGCAGCUAGCAGUUCGCUUUUAUCAAGAAGAUCAUCAAAGGAGAAAGUAUUAAUCUCCACAAGCUUAACAUUUUGCUGAAUAGAUUCCUUCAUAAAACCAAUGUGUUCUUGCUUUUGUAGAUUUAGCACAAGAGUGCUUUCUUUAGUGACUUCAGAUAUUUCAGAAAAAUAUUUUUUCCUUAAAUCUGCAAGAGUAGGACAAGAGAAUGAUGAAAUUUCAUCUUGCUUAGCUUCUUUAAGAUUUUGAUGGUUUAAUGAUUUGCAUUCACUUUCUAUUCCCAAAAAUUUCAAGGCAUUUUCUUUGAGCUUUUAUUCUUUCUCUUCAAAUAAGCUAUCGUCUCCGAGUGGACAAAUGUUCUUAAAAAUUAACUGCUGGUAGAUCCUGCUCAUCAGCAUAUUUAGUUCCUCAUCAUUAUCAAUUUUCCAUCUAAACUUGUUAAUUUCUUUCUCGUGGGCUUCAUAAGUCAUAAAGCUUCCUUUCUCUAUAUCUGUCAUAGCAUUUGUUAAUAUCUCAAUAAAGUCUGCUUUCAUUCUUUUGGUUACCACAGCUGCAUGUGGAUAGUUAAUAUCUAAAUGAAAUCUAUCCACAAACUUGACGACAUUUGUUACAAGCUGGAAUAGCUUCUCUAGCUGAUAUUUCAACGGUUCUGGUGAAAUAAUCUCCACAGUGUUUCAAUAAUAAUGCUGAUCAUGCUUGCAGUUCAUUCAUAUUCACACUUUAUGGCUAAGACAAUAUCUGGAUGAUUUUUCUUGACAUUCUUUGUAAAAACAAGGGGAAUUCAUCUAAUGACUUCAGAUUUUAUACGAAUUCAAAUUCACAUUCAUUGAUAUUAUGAAGCCAAUUGUUAAGUUCUUUUUGACAUCUAACUUCCACCUCUCCAGCCAAAAUUUCUCCCAAACAUAGCCCUUCUCCUUCCUCUAAAUUUCUUCAUGCACAAGAGUGGAGCCGCUUGGGUUAAAAUUUUUAGGAUUUGUACUGGUUAAAAUGGGGAUUGGAGGGAGAAAAGGGGAUGAGAUAGUUGAGAGGAAGGAAUUGAGGGGUUGGGGGUUGGUGAUGGUAUUGGAGGGAUGGGUGAUGGGGGAAGAAAAUGUGCCAGAAUAUUUGUUGUGUUAAGCUCCUAAAAUUG